AGUGCCUGUCCUCCCUUCCUCAUGCAGCAGGUCAUCAGCGUCUGGGUGCGGGAUCCGCGAAUACAAAAGAAUGAUUUCUGGCAUGCCUACAUAGACUAUGAAAUUUGCUUACAUACUAACAGCGUGUGUUUCACCAAGAAGAUCUCAUGCGUUAGGAGGAGAUACAGUGAGUUUGUAUGGCUCAGGCAAAAACUACAAGAAAAUUCAUUACUCAUGAUAAAACUUCCAGAGCUGCCUCCUAAAAAUCCAUUCUUCAGCAUGAACAAUGCCCAGCAAAUCACCGAAAGGAUGAAGGGACUCCAGACAUUCCUGGAACAGAUCCUCCAUAACCCUCUGCUGCUGUCUGACAGUUGUCUGCACCUUUUCAUGCAGUCACAGCUCAGCGUGGCCAAGAUGGAGGCCUGUGCUGCGGGGAGGACUCACUACACGGUGGCCCAGGCUGUCCAGAGCUGUGGCUGCAGCAUAAGACGCUUCCACUCGCAAGAAAACCUCCAGAAAAACCUCAGCACCUCCACUGACUCUGACUCAGACAGCUCAGUGUUUACAGAUUCAGAGUCCACGAGUAAGGAUGUGGCAUUAAACAAAACACCAACCGCUGCUUCACUUGAUGUAAUGGGGAGUAGCCAGGAGGAAACGCUCAGCUGCUCAUCUGGAUCUGCAUGAAAAUAUAAUUUUCCUCUCACCAGCAGUUGUAGCCUGUACACUAGUGGUCUGUGCACUGUUUUGUGUUUGCGAAAAAAGAGAGUAUCCUGUUACUCUGUCAUACUGCACUUUUUGCCUUUGUGGUUAGUCCUUAUUAUUUCACUUAUGAAACAAUGUUAUUGUUUAUUAAGCUUUCCCUCAGAUUGUUUAACUUAAAGGAUGUAAGUAGUAAUCAAACUGUACGUAUACAUUUUCAGCCAUAAGAUUUUCAGGAACUCCACUUGUUUACCAGUGUUCAUGAGGCCAUCAUAAUGAGGUGGCAACAAUUCACCACAAGAUGGCAGUAUUGUUACAUCUAACCAUCUGUUUUCUGUACACACUCUACCCAUUUAAUAGGUGUUGUAAUUAGUUGUAUUUACUAAAUAAACGAAUCUAAAACAGUUUGUGAAUCAUGGUCAUUCACAAGGUGUGAUUUUCCAAAGGUGUACAAAUUAUAAUAUGACUCCUUCACUAUUCAGUAACAGUCUAAUGCCUGUGUCUGUGCCAGACCUCAUCCUCCU